AUGUUUGUGUUGGUGGUGUUUCUCACGUUGCAGCAGGCCCUGGGCAUCUGUGUCCCGGGUAAGCCUUGUCUGAUCCUCUGCAUGUUUGAGAGACAGGAGAGGGAGUUCUGCCCCACAAACGCAGGGAUCCAGAAGGAGAUCGUGGACAUUCACAACCAGUUCAGACGAGACGUUCAGCCCCCGGCCCAGGACAUGCUGAUGAUGAGCUGGGAUGAUGAGGCCAUGACCACAGCCCAGGCCUGGGUGGACAAAUGCAAGCGAAGACACGGACCGCCUUCCUCUCGUCUGUACAAUGGAACAAAGUACGAGCUUGGAGAAAACCUGUUCUUCUCUUCGUCUGCAAAGUCCUGGAGGUCGGUGAUCACAGCCUGGCACAACGAGGUGGAACACUUCACUUAUCCAAAUAUAUCUGCGAAAGGGAAGGCAACUGGACACUACACCCAGGUGAUUUGGAACAGCUCAUACAAAGUGGGAUGUGGCAUGACUAAGUGUCCAGGAAACAUCCACUUCUACGGCUGCCAAUACUACCGCGCAGGAAACUUCAGGUCAUGGCGUCCGUACACCGAGGGAGAAGCGUGUGGCAUGUGCCCCGGCCACUGUGUUGACAAGCUUUGCACUAACCCGUGCCCGUACGUGAACAAGAUCCGGAACUGCGGUGAUGUCAGCAAGGACCGCUGCAAACAGAAGUUCUACAGAAACAUGUGUCAGGCUCGGUGCGAGUGUGACACAGAGAUUAUCCCCGUGUACAAGAAGUGA